CUCCGAACACUGCACCAAUAGGCAAAUGCUAUUUACAACAACAACAAAAACAGCAGCAUCGACGUCGGCGGCGGCGGCGGCUCCAGUGGCUCUUCGAAUCAUUUCACGCUAGUUCUCCAUUGCGAUCGGGCGGCGGUAUUGCGAACUGAAGUGCAAACUGUGGUGAAUUGCUAGCCCCAAUUGUCCGUGAGAAACAAAAAAUUGUAACCUCGCCAAAUCUCAAAUCCACAACGCCAAAGUUUUCGAAACGCCGCUUGAAACGUGCGCGCGCCGCGAGUGUUGCGAUUUCACAGCCAAUUUUGACUGUUGGGCGGCAAUAGUAAUCCUAGUAACCGGUGUUUGCUGUUCAAUUUACCAGAAGAUUCGAUUUGCUUCGCUUCUUCAGUGUCAAAAAUGGACAGCUUGAAAUUCGACGAAAACAACCAUCCCUACAUCGAAGUAGGCAAGGACUAUUGCGUCCGGCUGGAGAACGAAGAGUACACCGAUGCGAAAUCAAAGGAAAAAGCGGCACGUGAGCUGCGCGAAACACCCGACGUUGUUUCCGAGGCACUCAAGAGCCUAAGGGCAAGGCUGCAAGAAGAAAAAUCGCUCUGCGUUCCGAUCGAGGAUGACUCGUUCCUGCUCAAAUUCCUGCGGCCCUGCAAAUACUACCCGGAUAGUACCUUUGCCCUGAUGCAGCGCUACUAUCAGUUCAAACAGAAAAACUCCGAAGUUUGCGCCGACUUACUUCCCAACACGGUUAAGCACGUGUACGAUGAAGGACUGAUUUAUUUCCAACCGCUACGGGACCAGCACGGCUGUCGGAUAGUAGUACUGGAGGUGGGCAAAAAAUGGAAACCAUCCAAAGUAUCCCUGAACGACCUGUUCCGCGCGGUACAAAUCGCGCUGGAGGCUGGCAUGGCUGAACCACGAACUCAGCUGAACGGUGCCAUCGUCAUCAUGGACAUGGACAGCCUCUCGCUGUCGCAGAUUAUGCAGUUCAGGCCCCGUUUCGCGGCCAUGGUAGUUGAGUGGAUCCAGGAGUGCACUGCGCUGCGUCUGAAGGCGGUUCACAUCGUCAACAAUUCAUAUCUGUUCAACAUGCUGUUCACCAUCUUCAAGCCGUUCCUGUCGGAUAAGCUGAAGAACAGGAUUGUCUUCCAUAACAGGGACUGGGCAUCGCUCACCUCGUACGUCGAUCCGGGUUGUUUGCGCCCCAACUACGGCGGUACUUUGGAGGCACCGGAAUACGACAGACGGCUCAUCGGGGAUUUGCUGUCGCAGUAUCACAAAGAGUACGAGGAUGCCAACUCGUACGGAUAUCCCAAAGAAGUGUAACGAAAUAAAGGUGAACAAAAUGAACCAUUCAAUGUGAUAUACUAGUAAUUUUAACAGGAGUGUGGAAUUGAAUUAUUUAAAAAAGUAGCUAAUAUUGUAUUGUAAAGGAAUAAAGGUCAACUUUAAUGUUUAACAAUUUGA